AUGGAAUUUGAGAGGAACAGGAGAAGGGGAUCUAAAUAUUCAUACGAAGGAAGCAACGAUGAGAGGACAGGGCACAGCAAUGACAAAGAUGUGGAAAGGUACCAUCGGGAGAUUUAUAAUUCUAAAAGAACACGGAGAAGUAGAUCUUAUUCUUACCAUUCGAAAGAGAACUCAAUAGAGAAUGACACAAGGGGUGAAAUAUAUCUUAAUGACAAUAAGGAACAUAGAGACAGAAGCAGAUCUAGUAAUAAUUAUUCUGUGGAAUCUUAUAACAAACGAAGUGAACAUAAUUCUACAGACGAAGAAAGAAGAACUGAAAGAAGAAGAGGGGAAUGUUAUUAUCGAGGGGAGAGGCAUGAAAUGGAAUGCCACGAUGAGAGACAAGAAAGAAAUUAUAGAGGUGAGAGACACGAACGUGACUAUCGAAAUGAGCGUCGUGAACUGUAUGAUCAUUCCGAUCCCUGGGAACGAAGCGAAAGGAGAGAAAGGCUAGAAAGCAGAGAAAACCGAGAUAGGAGAGAAAGGAUAGAAAGCAGAGAAAACCGAGAUAGGAGAGAAAGGAUAGAAAGCAGAGAAAACCGAGAUAGGAGAGAAAGCCGAGAUAGGAGAGAAAGCCGAGAAAGUAGAGAAAUCCGAGAUAGGAGAGAAAACCGAGAAAGCAGAGAAAUCCGAGAUAGGAGAGAAAACCGAGAUAGGAGAGAAAGCCGAGAAAGCAGAGAGAGGAGAGAACGAAGAGAGAGGAGAGAACGAAGAGAAAGGAGAGAAAAAAGAGAAAGGGAAGAGAAAAGAAGGAAAAUGAUGUCGAGUAGACUUAAUAAGAAUUUAUCAUCAUCCCAUGAGCGUUCAAGAUCUAGAGAACGAAGAAGAAGAAAAUUACAAGCAGAGUGCAUUAAAAAAGCAGGAGGAUUUAAGAAGUUAGCAGAUAUGGAAGGUCAUGAAACUACUAGCGUUUUUUGGGAUGGAUUUCAAUGGGUAGCCAAAACUAAUCAGUCAUGUACAUCUCAUUUAGAUCCAGCAGUUAUGAAUUCAACAAGAAAAUUGAGAAGAUUAUAUUUUGGUAAUUUACCACUGCAUUUAGGUUUAACAGAAAAUGAUUUUCAAGAAACCGUCUGGGAUGAAAUGAGGAAAAGAAAAUUUUGUAAUGAUGAAAAAAUUAAUCCAGUUCUCUACGUAUGGUUUGCGAAAGAUAAAGGAAAUUAUGGAUUUGUUGAAUUUUCCACAGUUGAAGAAACAGAAAGAGCCUUAACUAUGGAUGGUAUGUUAUGUAAAGGUGUAGCUCUUAAGGUAUCGAGACCAAAUGAUUAUUCAACAAACACAGUAAAGCAUAAUCAAACAGCAGUACUGCAAAAUACUACUACGAAACAAAAUAUUAACAAUGGUGGUAAUUCAUUACUAGGUGCAUUGAAUAAUUCAAAUGGUUUGUAUCCACCUAGUAAUACAAGUGGUAUAUUAAGUGGCACAAGUAGUAUACACAAUUUGAAUAACCUUAGCAAUAUAUACAAUAAACCUCCCCCACCUCCUGGUACUCCACCACUAUCUCUUUUGAGAGGAGAAGCAGAAGAUGAAGAGGAAGAAGGAGAAAAAAAUUAUAUGGAUUUUAGUCAAAACAACAUAGAAACAAAAUAUCUACGAGUUUUAGAAAUUGUUUCAGCAGAAUCAGUUAAUGAUGAAGAUUACGGUUCUAUUUUGGAAGAUAUAAAAGAUGGAUUUCAUUCUCAAGGAAUAAUUAUUAAUGCCAUUUUAAUUUCAGAAAAAUAUGCACAAACGACACCGUUUAAUAUUGGAGAUGUUAUAAUAGAAUUUGAAAAUGCAGCUUCAGUUGAUAGUAGUAUAAUGAAUAUGUCGAACCGGAAAUAUGAAGGACGAAUUAUACGAAUGAGUAAAUUGGAUGAAUCUACAUACAAUACUUAUGCAAAACCUAUCAUCCAGGAUUUGUAUGAACAGAACGGGAACUAA